CUGGUGGUGCAGGCGAGGCAAGCCGAUAACAAGCACCGCAUCCGGAAGAGGGGGCUGGAGUGCGACGGGAGCAACAGCUUGUGUUGCCGGCAGCAGUUCUACAUCGAUUUUCGGCUCAUUGGGUGGAAUGACUGGAUCAUCGCUCCGUCGGGGUACUUUGGGAACUACUGCGAGGGGAACUGCCCGGCGUACAUGGCGGGGGUCCCAGGGUCCGCCUCGUCCUUCCACACGGCGGUGGUGAACCAGUACCGCAUGAGAGGGAUGAGUCCGGGCUCCAUGAACUCGUGCUGCAUCCCGACCAAGCUCAGCACCAUGUCGAUGCUCUACUUCGACGACGAGUACAACAUCGUGAAGCGGGACGUUCCUAACAUGAUCGUGGAGGAGUGCGGUUGUGCUUGAAGUUGGAG